AACCAACAAGCCGAACGAACAAACAAAUUCAAACGAGAACCGUCACAUCAGCCAGGCUUAACGACCUCAACACCUGAGUCCUUCCAAACACCCCAGGAACCUAAGUUCCUCAUCACCAAUCCACACUACCUCCUCCAUCCACGCCAUAUACCUCUUUUUCUUAAGACAGACAAACACACACAAAAACACCAAAAAUGUCCAGACCACUCGACAUCAACACCAUUAAGCACGAAGAGGCCAACCAAGCCUCGUGGGAGGCAUGCAAGGGCGCCUUGUCCGGAGCCUUCAAGUGGGGCGUGGCCUCGGCGAUGCUGGGCGGUAUUGGAUACGCCGUGUCGCCGAUUUAUAGGGGGUUGACUAUUCAGUUUAAGGUAUACAUACAAAUGUCCGGCAUGGUACUGGGUGGCAUGCUGGAGGCGGAUCACCGGAUCCGCGAGUAUGAGAAGACCAUGAGGAUGAGGAGGAGGAUAGCGGCGGAUCAGGCUAUGUGGAGGGAAUUUGAGGAGACGUAUGGGAAGGAUGAGGAUGAGUGAGUGAGUGAGUGAGUGAGUGAGUGAGUGAGGGAUGGCAGUGGGAUAAGUCAGGCUCUGUUGAGGGUUCUGGAGUUAUCAGGGUUGGACCGUUUGGGUCGACGGAUCGAUCGGGGUUUCGUGG